AUGUCGGACGAUCCGAAAUCCAAGGCUUUUCCUGACGUUUCGGCGAAACUCUCCGCGCUUCCCAAGAAAUCCCUAUUCGAACGCCAGAAAGCCGAAGCCGAAGCCAAGCGGGCCCGAGAACGCGCUGAAACCGCCGCUGUCUAUGAGGACUUUGUCAAAUCAUUCGAAGACGACUCUGGUGGACCGGAUAGAACCACCGCAGAUGGAAGACCAAACAGGUUCGGCAAUCGAGCUCCUGGGUUCGGAAGCGGCCCUGCCAAACGCCAUUUCACCGGCUCUGGUCAGCGCAUGAGCGGGCCUGGCACUUUAGGACCACCGCUGCAGGCGCCGUCGCGGAAACGCACACACGAGGGAUUCCAGCCACUACAUCGGAAUCGCGAUUCGGGUAUACUGGGGUUUGACAAUGCGGGUGUCGGUCCGCCUCCUGCAGCCUCCGCCUUUCGCACAUCCGACGACGAGGACGAAGGCACGGCCGAUGCGAAGGAGGCGGAGAGGGCUGCGGCGAAACCUACACUGUACCUAGCAUCGCUACCUCCUGGGACAUCACCGUCGGUGGUCAAGUCAUUGAUCCCUUCAACGCUGGGAGUCGACAAUGUGAAGAUCCUCCGCCCGCCUAAUCAGCCUUCCACCGAUCGCAAGUCUGUUUCCGCCAUUGUGACACUGGUGAAUGAAUCUGCGGCGUCGGACAUCGACAGUGCCGUCAGCACGCUUCAGAGCAAAUAUCUUGGAUGGGGAUACUAUCUGUCGAUCUCCAGACACCUGUCAUCCGCCGCGAUCAGCUCGACCAUGCCUGUCGCCACUGGCUUGUCGUCGACUCUUCCCUUUGGGGCUAAAACAAUCGCACCCGAGGUCGGGGGCCGACUGAACAGAGCUCCUCCGCCGGCACCGCAUCGGGGUGGGUUCGCGCCGCCGGCAUCUUACGGGCCCUCAUAUGGUCGAAGUGGUCCCGCAACACAAGUCGAGGUGAAAGCUCCGUCGGACUUGAAGCAGCUGAGACUCGUUCAUAAGACACUGGAGAAUCUUCUUAAGUAUGGCCCUGAGUUUGAGGCUCUGUUAAUGAGCAGGCCCGAAGUCCAACGAGAAGAGAAGUGGGCCUGGCUCUGGGAUGCGCGAAGCACCGGAGGAGUGUAUUACCGGUGGAAGCUAUGGGAAACCCUCACCAACAGCCAUCCUAGAAGUCGACGUGGAGCACCGCGGAAUCCGUUGAGUAUAUUCGAGGAUGGUCCCAAAUGGUGCCCCCCGGAGGCAAAGACCAAGUUCGAAUACGUUACGCGGAUAGACGAAUUUGUCUCCGACGAUGAUUAUGACUCUUCCGAUGAAGAUAUGUCAGACAUUGAGGACGAAAGAAGGAAUCAUAGUGGAGCUCCUCCAGCUGAAGGGCCGGGCACGACCGAUGGUCUGGGUUACAUGAAUCCUCUCCAGAAGGCGAAACUCGCUCACCUUCUCGCGCGUCUUCCAACAACACAUGCAAAGCUACGAAAAGGCGAUGUUGCGCGUGUUACUGCCUUUGCUAUUGAACAUGCGGGUGCUGGCGCAGAGGAAGUUGUGGAAAUGAUUGUGCUGAACAUCCGUGAGCCGUUUGCUUAUAGUGGGGCCAACCCCCAACGUGAAAGAGAGAAGGGCAUUACGCGGCGCGAGCAAGCAGGAGACGGGGCUACUGAAUCUCGGACAGGGGAGAAUCGCUCAGCCUUGGAUACGUCCGCUGCGAAGCUAGUUGGUCUUUACCUCAUCUCCGACAUUCUCUCUUCUUCUGCAACGAGCGGCGUCCGUCACGCCUGGAGAUACCGACAGCUGUUCGAAUCGGCGUUGAAAUCGCACCGUGUUUUCGAACACCUCGGAAGGCUUGAAAAGGACUUUGGCUGGGGUCGUCUGCGGGCUGAGAAAUGGAAGCGGAGUGUAGGCACCCUUCUACACCUGUGGGAAGGCUGGUGUGUCUUCCCGCAAUCGAGCCAAGAGCACUUUUUCCAGGUGUUUGAGAAGCCUCCCCUUACGGAAGAGGAAAUGCGAGAAGAGAAAGAGAAGGCCGAAGCUGAACGAGCUACAAACGCGUUCUCCAGGAGCAAGAGUCGUUGGAAGACUGUCGAUGAGGACAAGGACUCGUCGACAAGCAAGUUCAGUCCAUUCAAACCUGUCGGAGCUGACCGUUCUCGGAUGGACAUUGACCAAGGACCUGUCGUUCCUGGGGGUGAUGGCGAUCUGGGCGGAGAGCCGAUGAGCGAUAUUGAUGGCGAGCCGAUGGAGGAUAGCGAUCUGGACGAUGCCCCUGAUGGCGAGCCAAUGGAGGAAGGGUCUCCUAUGGAAGAAGAUGUUGGACACCAGGAGUCCAGUGAGAAACAGCCUGCACCUGUACCACCAGCUCAAAGCGAGCCUCCGCGGCCUGUUCGCAAGCCACGGCCCAAGGCAGAGGACAUGUUCGCGGACUCGGAUUCAGAGUGA